AUGGCAGUUGCAGCCUUCAAAUCCUCUUCACGAAGAGGAAACCAAUCACCAUCAUCCUCAUCUUCCACUUCCACUCCUACCAACAACAACACCACACACUCUUCAAUCAGAUCCUCCAACAACAGAGCUCCACCAAUUCGAAGGUCAAAAAGCGUAAGCGCGUUUUCAAGAACAACAAAUACCUUGGACAUUUCCACCGAGUUUCUUAACAAAAGAGAUAACCCUCUCUUUGACCAAACUUCGCACUCCAAUGGAAAAACAAUUCCAAUUCUAGAAACUUCUAAGCCUUCUAGGGGACGUUCCGUGGCGCGAAAGGAUGACCCGGGUCGGACUCGGAGUGUUUCUAGAGUGGAUACGGCUCGCCGUACGGCCCGGUCUGUUUCGCAGUGUCCGGUUUCGCGGCGGCAUUUUAACUAUUCUACUUCUGAGAGUGAAGCUGAUUGUAAAGAUAGGAAUGGUCUGAAAUGGUCUAGUCAGCAUUCAUCCAUUGAGGUCUCGGAUUCUUUUGCUGCAACUUCAGCUUGUUUGCAAACUCAAAACUGUGACGAUGCGGUUUCUACAGCAAGUUCUGGAUUUGGUUGUGAUGAGAAAACCAUCAAAGCAGUUUGUGAACAGAAAUGCGUACAAAGGAAUCAGCCAGGAGUUGGUGAUAUAUAUGAAACAGUUCGUUCUGAAGUGAGGCGAGCUAUUUCUGAGAUACAGAUUGACCUCGAAAGUGCUAUUCACAAGAGUAAUGCUACAGCCAUUACUGUUACCGAUAUGGUGGAUAUUCAUCCUGACUUGAUAAACCCCAAUACCGUAGAAUUAGCGUUCGAGAUUAGAAGAGAGUAUGCCAAAAAGCUUGAAGAGUCCGAAGAGCGAGCUAGACGUCUUCGAGCAGAUCUUGCAGUUGAAGAACAUCGAGUACGAGAAUUGGAUAGAAUCUUGAGAGAAGUUCUUCCAUAUCCCAAGACCCCUAAUGUACAAAAGUCUCGUCCAGCAAGAAAAUCUAGCAUCGAAAGAAAAAGGAUGUCAAAACGUCUUGCAGAAGAUGCCAAGGCUUAUUUUGACGAGUGUGUAUCACUAUCGACUUUCGAUAGUUCAGACUUUUCAUCCCAAGAGGAUCCUCCGCUCAGUUUGGUUGGUCCACCUACUCCAUCUCGUAGCCGUAUAUCUUUAACUGAGGAAUUAGGUACUCAAGAACAAUCACAUGAUGUCAUAUUGCAGCCACCAGCCAGCAUUGAUUCCACAAAAACUAUUCAUGGUCAAGUCAGCUCAACUGCUGAUAGCAAAGAAACUGAUUCUAAACCAUGCUUCUCCUUUGCACAAAAACCAUAUGAAUCCACCACACUUCACAAUGACAUCCAACAAUACAUAAAAAAGUUUGAAAAAAAUGUUUCAAAGUUGCCAACUGUGAGAACAAAUUAUGGUGACCUUGGUGACUAUAGUUUCCAAUCAUCAGCUGAAAGCUUGUUGAUUGAUAGGGUGCUGCUAAAAAGUAGAAUUGAGUCUGGUAGUUUUUUACACUGUAGUGGUGGUAAUAUAUGGUCUUCUUAAGCUAUGUAAUUUUUACCUUUUCCUUUUUGCAUUAUAUAUAUGUAUUUUUUUUUUCCAAAGCAUUAUAUAUAUGUAUAUGUGCUUGAUUGUACAUGUAAUAAUGGCCUCUCUCUCCCUCUCUAUUGUUGUUGCUGUUGCUAACUUCUCUUUUAUUUCUGUAAGCACACAUUAACAAGAGAUCUUUUC